AUGGAGUCCACACCUACUCUUCCCAUCCCGAUCUCUUAUGUAUCUGGUAGAUACCUGCUGUUCUCCAUUGACGCAGUCACUUAUCUGCGACGCGAGCACAAUAUCUGCGGCGUGUUGAUCGGGACCCUCCCUCAAAUCCCGCAGCAGAAUGUGUUCCUGGGUCUGCCACUGGAAUUGAUGCCCGAGGAGGCACGGGUGUUGGUGGACAAGGGUGUAGCUUGCAUUGUAGACGAAGCCAAAGCACACGAUGGCAUGCGAUCACUCCUAGAGGAGGAUCGUCGACAGUAUCUCCGCGACCUAGAAUCCCAAGGCCAGCUCGCUACGCGUAUCUUGGCAGAUCGCAAGGAUCAGCUAAGAGAACAAUCCUUGAAGGAGAUAGACGAGAAGAAAGCCAAGGGUCUGGCUGCCAAAGCCGCCAAGGCUGCACAGGCCGCCGCCGAUGCUCAAAUCGCCGCUUCAUCAGCCCCUGCUUCGACUGAGAAAGAUGAAUCGAGCUCGAUCUUUGCCGCAGAGGAUGAGAUGUCGUCUCUAUCUCGCACAACUGGCACAAGCACACCGGCACCUCAGCAAACCAUGGGCAUCACACCUACUACUUCCUAUCCGCCGCUACCUCAUCCCGUCUCCUCGUCCGGUCAAUAUCUCCCUAAGCCCAAAGUGCCUUUAUCCUAUCCUCUCUUUGCCCACCUACAUUCACGAGGCUACUUCCUGUCGCCCGGUCUACGAUUCGGAUGUCAAUACGUUGCAUACCCAGGAGAUCCUCUUCGAUUCCAUUCUCAUUUCGUCGUCGUCUCCGCGGAGUGGGAUCAGGAAAUGGAUUUGAUGGAUAUCGUCAAUGGUGGUCGACUGGGAACCGGUGUCAAGAAGGGUUUCCUCCUAGGUGGACCCCAAAAGAGAAGGGAUGAGGUCGAGUCUGAGGCCGAUCGCAUCGAGACUGUCCGCACCUUCAGUAUCGAAUGGGCCGGCAUGUGA